GCAUUGCUUGAACAUGAUGAAUACGUGAAAAAAAAUGUCUGACAUGGAUUAUAAACAUUACGUUAUUUUCAUGUUGUGUACCUGUGGUAUGAUAUGUACCUACGGGCGACCGUCGACAAUUACAAUUAACUAUGGAAUUCUUGAGCACGACUUCCCAAAUACUAAAACACGAGAAAGAAGAAGUAAAGACAUCGUAUUUGACAUGAUGACUAAACACUUUUCGAUUAAGAUGGAUGUUAUUAAGAGAAAGGUUCGUUCGUUGUAUCAUUAUCAGAAAAAUAUCGUAAACCGCUUGAACGAAUUGGAGUUGAAAGUUAUAUAUCUAUAUCGGAGGACGCCAAGCCGUAGUCCUGCCCAAUUAGCUAGAACACCAUCAACGACGACGACGACAGCAUUCCUAAAUCAACUAGAGACUGUCAAAGAAAGAAAAACAUCACCCCUUUCAAUGAACGGAGAACCAUCAAAUGUCGUGACGUGGAAAAUGAAUAUGAAAGAAAGAUAUCUCUAUAGUAUUCCGAUUUUGUUUGCAUCGGCUACCAUUAUAUUGACUGUGCUUCUACUGAGUUUACGAUAUGUACGACGACAAAUGAUGAUACUAUGCGGAAGAGAAGAAGGUGACAGAUACUAUAGAAUACUCGGUACCAAUAGAAGACCAGAUGGAAGAAACUGCGGCUAAAUAAUAUACGAACACAAAUUGUUGUAUUUUGUUAGUGUAUUCAAUGUUUAUAAUUCAAAUUACAUGAAGAUAAACCAACUUAUCUGACUGAUGCUAUAACAAGAAAACUUGAAAUCAGAGAAGUAACAGUACGGAUACACAUCACUCACGGUUAAACUACCCAACUACGGCGUUUAACUGCAGCUUAACUAAUUUUAAGCAUCUGUCAGUUAAAACAGAAAACUAUAAACUGUAUGAAAAAAAAUUUUUAUUUGCAUAUGAAGAAUAUUGACACAUAUUGUCGAAAUUUAUUUCAUUUGGUAUACUGUAUUAACAAAUGAGACCUGUCUAUUUUUAAGGAUAUUGAAACAUAUUAUCGACAUUUAUUUCAUUUGGUAUAUUGUAUUACCAAAUACCAAAUAUGGCAACGGUUAUAUAUUUCAUCGAUAAACAUUGAUACCAAUCAUUAGCAGUUCUAAUUAUAUUUGAUAGGCCUAAACUAUUAUAACUAAUUUUUUUUUAGUGUAAUAUGAUAAUAUUUUCAAAUAUUCAAAAGAAUACGUCUCCAAAGCCCAUGUUAUCAUAAAAUCAGUAUUAUAAUUCAACCUAUUAUAGGCCUAUAUAUUUAUAAUGAAAAAAAAUAUGAAAUUGAUAUGUAAUAAAUUAAAUAUGAUGUCAUCUUUUAAAAUAA